AUGGCGAUGUCGACUUUGACGCCGCCGGUCGUCGCGAGAUGCGCGAGGUCGGCCUCGCGCUCGCGAUCCGACGGGCCCGCGUCGUCCAGUCGCGUCUCGCGCGUCACCGCCGCCGCACCCGCGCGUCGUUGGGCACCCUCCCCGGGAUCGCCAUCGAGGAGGUUCCGGACCGGUCCGCGCGCCGCGCCCGCGCCCGCGCCGUCCGCGUCCAUCGCCCCGGCGGAUGGAUUCGUGCCCGCGAUCGACAUCGCGAGGGAUACCGCGGGAGCGACGUCGUCCAUCUCGCCCGCGGCGACGCGGCUGUCCGAUCCCAUCGCCGACGUGGCCGUCGACGCGUGGUCCGUCACCGGGGGCACCACCCUCGGCGCCAAGUUCGCCGGCGUGGAGACCAAGCUCUUCCAGGCGGGUCUCCUCCCGUACCUCGCGUACCUGUACUUCCUGGGUAAGGACGAGGCGCGAACGCCCGCGGCGUCCAACUUUGGCGCCAGGUUCCUCCUCCUCUUCGUCUUCGCCACCAUCCCCGCCGGGAUCGUCGCAAAGACGAGGUACGGAGAUAUUCUCGCCAACGUCGACGUCUUGCACGGCUCCAGCGAGAGUUUGCUCACCGUGAGCAACUUUCUCUUCGCCUUUGGGUUCGCGUCGGCCCUCGCGGACGCGGCAGCGAACGGAGGCGACGAUUCUAUUGGAGACGAGUCGGCCGGUGACGACGGUGAUGAAGAGUCUUUGUUGAAGAGGCGGAUGUCGGCGCCCGCCGCUCUCGCGCUCCUCGUCGGCGCCGCGGGCGCCGGCUCGUUCGCGUUGUCCCUCGGCGCGCAAACGGUUAACCUCGGACCCGCGCUUCACGAGCCGUCGAACGCGUUGUCGGUGCCCACGUGGGCGGUGCACGUGUCGUCCGUGACGGAGUGGGCGCUCGCGAUGCGAUUGAUUUACGCAUUUGCCGACGUCUCGGGGAAUAAAAAUUGGCGAAACGUGUCGGUGGCGAUGACGCCGUUUCUCGCCUCGGGUUUCUGCGCGUGCACUUUCCACCUCUUCUACAACUCGCCCGGCGUCAACGCGUUGGUGCCGUUGCAGGCGCUGCUGACGCUGCUCGGUAACUGCGCGUGCGGGGUCGCGGCGUGGUCCGUCGUCAAAGAGGGCGAGGCGAUGAAGGUGGACGAGGCGAUGAAGGCGGACGAGACGAACCGGGUGAUGAUACCCCCUCGGGUAACCUCGUCGUUCGAUUGGGCGCCCGAGCCGAACGCCGCGUCCGUGCUCAAGCUCGCGGCGUGGUCGGCGAUCGGCGCCGCGGGUGUCAAGUACGGCGAGCUGCUCUGCGGGACUUUCUUCCUCGAGCCGACGUACGGAAAGGCGCUCGCGAUCGUCGCCGCGCCAACCGCGAUUUGGUGCGCCGUCGUUUUUGGCGGCACCGACCGAAGCUCGCCCGGUUCUUCGUUCCUCUCGGGUCUCAGCAUGGAUAAGGUCAAGUCCUUCGGCAAAGCCGGGACGAUCGCGUACGUCAUCGUCGAGCUGGGGUUCUGGGCCAUCGCGUUUCCCGUCGCGUUCGGGUGGUACAGGGUCGCGGAGGGCACGUGGUUGGAUUUGGCGGACGCCGGGGACAAGGCGAGGCUCUUCGGCGCUGGCGCGGUUUUCGUCAACGGAGUGAGGGCGCUGGUGCCCCUUCGGUUGGCGGCGGCGCUCGCGCUGGCGCCGUACGUGGAGAGCGCCAUGGGGGGAGGCGCCGUGGGGGCGGGUGACGAGGAUGGCGACGAGUAG